CAGAGCUAAGGUUCUCAACGAUUCGGGGGUGUAUAUAUAUUUUAGCUAUCGGUUCGAAUGGAUUGUUAGCCGUUUGAGCUCUCGUCGGAGCUGUACGGUUAUCGUUUCAAACCGGCAAGACUAUCUACCUCUAAUAACACGCUAAAACACUGUGAACAUUAUUAUUCUGGACAUCUUUUAUUAAUAUUCUGUUGGAACUCGCAUAAACGUUAAAUUUUUCCUGUGAUUGAUAGAUUGACCAUUUAAAAUUCGAUUUUUGGACUUGGACAUUUUGCUUUAAAUACCCAACAUGAAUUUAAUGUGCUGUGAAACGGAAUCGCAAAGAAGAGCAUAUGAAGAUCCCGUGCUUCUUAAAGACUAUCGAGUCCUGCAUAAUUUACUGCAAACGGAGGACAGAUACAUGCCAUCACCAACCUAUUUUUCUUGUGUUCAAACUGACAUUAAACCAUAUAUGAGGAAAAUGGUGGCACAAUGGAUGCUUGAGGUCUGUGAAGAACAACAGUGCGAAGAGGAUGUGUUUCCUUUGGCUAUGAAUUACAUGGACAGAUUUUUAUCAGUAGUGGACAUUCCCAGAACAAGACUUCAGCUUUUAGGAGCUGUGUGCAUGUUUCUGGCAUCUAAAUUAAAGGAAACCACACCUCUAACUUCAGAAAAACUUGUCAUUUACACAGACAGAUCAAUAUCAUUGGAGGAAUUGACGGAAAUGGAAUUGUUAGUUCUGAGCAAAUUAAAAUGGGAUUUAUCUGCAGUGACACCCCAUGACUUUUUAGAACAAAUUUUGUCUCGGAUAUGUCCCGAUCAGGAGCGAUGCAAUGUGAUUAAGAAACACUCACAGACAUUCAUAGCAUUGUGUUCAACAGACUGCAAGUUCAUUAACUACCCUCCCUCCAUGAUUGCAGCAGGUAGCGUGGGAGCAGCAGCCCAUGGUCUUCUAAAGACGGACAACACAAAACUCCUUCAGAGUCUCCAUCACAUCCUUAGUAUUGACGUGGAUUGUUUAAAGUCAUGUCAGGACCAGAUAGAACAGACUCUAUCAUCAAAUUUGUCGCACAUGGCACAGUUUUCGGAAGCGACAGCACCACCGAAAGUGGAGGUCCACAAUACCCACCGUGUUCAACAUGAGGGGCAGCCCACCACCCCAACAGAUGUUCAAGAUAUCGUCUUCUAACCCUACAGCCUCCCGUUAGUUCAGCCCCACCCCAUGCUGAUACUGGGAAGAGUGGUGCCAAGUAUUUCUGUUGUGUGGUUACCUUCAUCUUCAGUGUCAGUAUGGUAUGGUGGGGCAGUUAAAUGGUUGCUUAAGUCAUUCAUAAUUUGAAAUUAUCCUUUAAAAAAUUUUUUCCUAGUUUUGUCAUCAAGAAGUGGUCAAAUAUAGGAUUGGUCAUUCAAAAAUCCUUUCAGAACCAUUUGGACUAGAAAAUAAAAUUAAAAAAAAAAUUGUACUCUAGUAGACUAAGUUUAUAAUUAAACUAGCUUAGAUUUUUCCUUUUAUUUAUGCAUGUACACAAUGUACAAUGUGUAGUUGCCUCCAUUAGUUAAAAAAAAAUGUGAAAAAAAAAAUUCUUAAAAACUACAAUAUAUAAAUUAAAAAAAAAAAAAGUUUUGGUCAGUCUUGCUCAGAUAAAUAUGGUAAACAAUGCAUGCUUUUCUCAGUAUAUUAGUAUAUAUAUUUUUUUUCUUUUUAAAGAUGAAUUUCAUUGUAUGAUUGACUUUGCAACCACUCAAAAAUUAUUUUAACAUAUUCCUAACUGCCAAGGAAAUUAUUUAGUUGCAUUUACUACGGUUUAUUAUUACAUUUCUUUUUUAUUCUGCACCCUUUGCCAUGCCAGACCUUCAUAUCUCCAAAUAAUUUGGCCAUUUAUAUUUUUUGUGUGACCUCAUAACGAGGUGUGGUUAGGUGGACCUGAAUGAAGAAUCACUGCCUUAAACAAUAUUUCUGAUAAACUGUGCCAGAAAUAAACACCAGAGUACAUGUGUUCAUAAUUUAAGAAACAAAUAUGUGAUAUAUAUAAUUUUUAUUAUUUUUUGCUGGUGUUUAUCAUUUUGUCUGCUCUGAUGUGUUUCAAAGGGCCAUGGUUUGUUAAUUUUGUACGAGUUGUUGUCUGUUUGAAAUGUUUCACAACUUUCUAUGUUAUAUGUGGUACUGCCUGUUUUUACCUUGUACAUAUUUUUUUUUUUUUUUCAAAUUUCAUUGUUCCAUAUUCUGGUUUCACUUUCAACUUUCAUUUUCUCCAUUUUUUUUUUUUUUUUGAAAGAGCAAAAAAAAAUUUCAAUCAUUUAUAUAUAUUUUAACUCUAAAAGAAGUUAUCCGUCUGCAAAAUGUAUUCAUAUAUCGGUGCUUAUGAUACAAAAAAAAAAAUCUAUAGAUUAUGCAUGAAAUUUUAAAACUUCAUUGUAACAUGGCAAUCAUGAAUUCAUUUAAUCACAGUUUUGUCACAAAACAUGUAUAUGUUAUGCAAUGUUUGUUAGAACAAAAAAAAAUUAGUGCUAUAUUUUAUACAACAGUAACUCACUGUGUGUGUAAAUUUUAUAUGUAAAUAUAUAUUUAUAUAUUUGAUACAAAAAAAAUCACAAACUAUUUUUGACAGAAAAAGUUUGAAAAAUUGUUGGAAUUGUGUUCAUAAGGAUCAAAGUUUCACAUCCAAGUUUCUUGAUUGUCUGAAAGGGACCAAAAAUUCUUAAAACAUUUCCAUUCUUCUUUUUUUUAACCAAGCAAAUUCUCAUUUCCAUGAAAAACCAUAAAUGAUGUGUUCAAAAUUAUAUUUAUAAUUUUCAACAAAGUUGAAAAUAUUUGCAUUUUUUGAUAUUUUUCAGUUAAUUUAUUUAUUAAGUUGUAAAAAAAAAAAUUUGUCUCAGAUUGUUGUAUUGCCUUCCAAGUAAGAGGAUAUCAUCUGUUCCAUUUGUGUAUUGGAUAACAAAUGAUAAGGUUUCGAUCAAAAAAGUGAUGAUUUUUCACUUACAAGACCAUAGCCUCGAUUUGAAAGAUCAUGUGACCUUAGCCUCACUCUGAGAGAGAAGUCACAUGUUAGGACAGUAGUUGUACGAGGUGAACCCACAUAUUAUACAUGGUUACAUGUUUUUUUGUCAAGUAAGCAUACACAAAACUUUUUCGAGCUUACUCAGAUAUGUGUUUAUGUAACAAAAUCCAUAACUAUUUAAGUCUUUUUUUUUCGAUUAAGAGAGCGUUUAUUCAUAUGUAUCUAAUAAUAUAUUCUGUAUCCGAGGCCUUGUCCUGCUCUUCUGUGAUUUUCCAGUUAACACUGUGUAUUGUUCCGAGCUGGAAACAAAGAAAUUGUGUCUCAAAACCAAGAGCAGGACAAAUGUAGGCAGUAUUGUCUUUUUUUCCCUUUUUUUUUUUUUUUUUACCUUAGUAAAGAUAAUGAAAGUAAUUAAUUUUUUUUAUCUGUGUCUUUCAAGUUUAAAGAAUUUCAUUUUUAUCUGUGAUAUUUUGUCUGAAUACCAAUGAUGAAAUGAUAGUUGUAUGAAAGUUUGAAAAUAUGAGGAUUAUGAAUGCUAGACUUCAUACAAUUGCGGGUACUGUAUAUUUAGUUUCAAUGCAAUAUGCAUACGAUGAGUAAAAAUGGCGACCAAAAUUAACGUACAUUUUGUUUUAUCCUCGCAAAAAAGAAUGUGAUAACUUUUUUUAUUUUACCCGUAAAGCUGCAAUUUUAGAGGAUAUUACUUGUGUACGAUAGGUUAUGGUCUCUUAUUUCGUAUCUUUGGUCGCAGUUCAAAGGGAUGUAAAGUUCGGAGAAUUCUUGUAGAAAACUUAUGCGAAGAAAUGUUUUACUUUGUAUAGGAAAGCGACGAAAGUAGUUUGUAAAUUUGGAAAGUUAUUAUGCAUGUAAACCAUACUGAACUGUACUUUUAUACUGUUCGACCAAAUCUUACACGAUAAAUGUGUAAAUCAAUUGAAGGCAAUAUUGAAUAAAAUAUUUGAAAUUGAAAUAAGAA